GCCAACCGCCCGCGUAACUUUGAAGCAGCUUGUUUUGAGAAAGUCGUAGACAUGGCGUCGAGAGAAAACCCGUUAAAACAUCGCCAAAAGAAUGUAAAUGCCACAUUUGAAACGUACAGUGUAGACUCAACCGUCGUCGAAGAAAAGUUGUUUGGUCAUGUUGAAGAGGAAGAGGACGUUGACGACGGACCUGUAGUUUUCAUCUGUGGGAAGUGUAAGCUGCCUAUUGGAGAUUCAGAGUCCUGGGAUGGAAGUGAAGACGGACAAAAUCAGAUAAGACUGAAAAGGGUCACUGAUAAUGUCAUCGUUGGAAAGGAGAAUCGCCUGUGUGAAAUUAGCAAACGAGCUGCCUGUCUAGUCGUUGAUCUGACCUGUCGAGGCUGCCGCUCUGUGCUCGGCAUGGUUUAUUCCUCCACGCCCAAAAACAUGGACCACAAGAGAUUCACUUUUUGUCUCAAUGUUGCAGACAUCGACAGUUAUGUGCUGGGCUCUGCGAGCCAGAUGUUGGCAGCAGAGGGCCCCAAAGAGCAGCCGGUAACACUGGAGUACAGAGGCACUGUUGAACAACAACUGACAGAGAUGAAAAUGCUGGUGUUGUCCAUGGCGCAGAGGUUGGAGGAGAUCGAAGUCGGCCUUCAGGAGGGAUGUGACGAGGCGUGACAGUGAUGGACGCCAACCUGUCGGGUGGCAUGCUUUGGUCUGUGAAGAAGUGACGGCCAUGGCUGAAUAAAGUUUGGACUGAUUUGUUCAUACUAUGGAGCUCCAUGUUUAUGUUUUCAUGAUAUUUACACAGUUAAUAGCCCUGGGGUUUGAAGUGCUGAUGGACAGAAGAAGAUAAAUAAAAUAACUGACCAGGCCACCCACAGCUACAUGUGUGAUGUUUUUUCAAUAUUGAUUAUGAUUUGCACAUUCUCAUUCAUUAAGCUAUGGGAGCACAUUAGCACUGAGAAUACAGAGACAGUCUAGCUGCAGACCGUUAAUUUCAGAUGGCCACUCUCACAGACCAUUCAUCUGAGAGGCAAAACUUUUGAAGUAAAAUCGGAUCAAACUUCUGUUUAGGGUUAAGGUAAGGGUAAGAAUACCAAAAGUUAAAAACCUGACCUGCAAAAUAAAAAGUUUAAUGAAGCAGAGUAAACAGUCUGCUUACAGGAAAAAGCUCUUCCAGGAAAAACAUUCAACUGCAGGAAGCAUGUAUUAUGUAGCUCAAUUAGGAAGCAACGUAGAUAACAGAACUACAGAGCUGAAACUAAACUCACAAAGCAGCUAUGUAAGUUCUGUAUCAACCUCAGCUUUUGCUAUGUUUGCUAAAUCUCAUGUUUAAGCCAAAUUAGCUAUUGAUAAUGGAGCUAAUGUAGCAAUGGAGCUAUAUAGCUGACAUAGCUAAAGCAAAGCUUACAAAGAAGAUAUGCAAGCUAUGUUAUCCAUGGAGCUACAUUAGCUUUAGAUAUGCUAAAGCUCACGUUGCUUAAGCUAUCUUGGCUACAUUGGUUACUGUAGCUAAUGUGAGGUACCGUUUGUGCAACUACAUCCAUACAUAAUAUAUUCCCAUAUUAGAUCUUUGAUCUUUUUCUGUUUUAUUUAUGAAAUGUUGCUCAGUUUGUAAUGUUUGAGAUGUGUUUUUCAUGAAUGAUGAAUGGUCUGCAGCCAGAACCCUUUUAAAACUACAUUCAAAUUGCAUCCAUUGCAAUUAACUGCAAUAAAAAUAAAUAGUGCCGUAAUUGUGAACCAUGAUUAAUGCAAUUAAUCUUGCUAGCCCAAAGUUAAUUGGUAUGGCUUUGUGUCUUCAACCAAUAUUGUCAGUCAUUCCCAAAACUGUCUUUUUAAUGUAUGAAGUUCUUAUCACACUGACUUGUUUUGUGCAUCCUUAGUCAAUAAA